AUGAUGGAUGAGGUGGCAAUCUUUACUAAAGACGGUUAUGAAGUGGUUAGAUUUGAAGAUGAAGCAAAUAAGCUUAAAUUAGAGGAUUCAUUCAGAAAGAAUGAAGUUGUAUUUUUCGUUACAAAGCAAUCAAAUAGUAUCCUAUACAGAUAUGAAAAAGAAUUUGAUUUAGAUACCCCGUUUAUGGAAUUAAAUGAUAAUGAGAAAUGUGGUUAUUGUGCACCAGAAGUUCCUGAUAUGGUUUUGCAUAACAAUUGGCUAGUCACUCCCAUCAAUAAUAAUAGUGUUGAGACUGAAAAUGAUGAGAAGGGGAAGAUAAAUAGGCUAAAUGAGAUGAGAAAUAUUAAUGAUGGUAUUGAUGGUGAUGAGGUGGAUAAUGGCAAUAACAAAAAACUUGUCAAAGACGAAUCUAGUAAACCAUCUGCUGAUAUAAAAGGCAAUUCAAGUGAAGAAGGUGACGAUGGUAAUGGUAAUAAUUUAACUUCAUCCUCAAAUACUAGUGGCAGAGGUUAUAAUAUACAACAGAAUGAAAAUGUGACAAGAAAGAUGAUAGAAUCGAAUGUGCUAGGAAAACGUAGUUAUCUUGCACGAGAUAAAAAUGAUGACAUUUCUACUAGUUCACAAAAUGAGAAUAUGAAUAGGCCAAUCAAGAAGAUGAAGCACAAUGGAUGA